CUCCCCGCCCCCGCCCCCCCCCCCCCCAUCCUCUUUGCCGCUUCCCUUUGCUUGUCCCAUCAAGCUAGGGGCGGUGCAACGGUGGGCGGGUCCUAGCGACGGCCUGACGGGCUUCAGACAGUAGGAGUCUGCUGUUUCUAGCUGGUGGCGGCUUGGGCGGUACGCACGCGGUGCGGUGCAAGAUGGCGGAUGCAGAAGUAGUUACUUUCCCAAAGAAGCAUAAGAAGAAAAAAGACCGGAAGCCAUUACAAGAAGAAGAUGUAGCUGAAAUACAACAUGCUGAAGAAUUUCUUAUUAAACCAGAAUCCAAAGUGGCUCAAUUGGACACUUCUCAGUGGCCCUUGUUACUAAAGAAUUUUGAUAAGCUAAAUGUAAGGACAACACACUAUACACCUAUUCCUUGUGGUUCAAAUCCUUUGAAGAGGGAGAUUGGGGACUAUAUCAGGACAGGUUUCAUUAAUCUUGACAAGCCCUCUAACCCCUCUUCCCAUGAGGUGGUAGCCUGGAUCCGACGAAUACUUCGGGUAGAGAAGACAGGCCACAGUGGCACACUAGAUCCCAAAGUGACUGGUUGUUUAAUUGUGUGCAUUGAACGAGCUACUCGUUUGGUGAAAUCACAACAGAGUGCAGGCAAAGAGUAUGUGGGAAUUGUUCGGCUGCACAAUGCUAUUGAAGGGAGUACUCAGCUUUCUAGGGCCCUAGAAACUCUGACAGGUGCCCUGUUUCAGCGACCCCCACUUAUUGCUGCAGUAAAGAGGCAGCUUCGAGUGAGGACUAUCUACGAGAGCAAAAUGAUAGAAUAUGAUCCUGAAAGACGAUUAGGAAUCUUUUGGGUGAGUUGUGAAGCUGGCACCUACAUUCGGACACUAUGUGUACACCUUGGCUUGCUACUAGGAGUUGGUGGUCAGAUGCAGGAACUUCGGAGGGUGCGUUCUGGAGUCAUGAGUGAAAAGGACCACAUGGUGACAAUGCAUGAUGUACUCGAUGCUCAGUGGCUGUAUGAUAACCAUAAGGAUGAGAGUUACUUGCGGCGUGUUGUUUACCCUUUGGAAAAGCUGUUGACAUCUCAUAAACGUCUGGUUAUGAAAGAUAGUGCAGUGAAUGCAAUCUGCUAUGGGGCCAAGAUCAUGCUUCCUGGUGUUCUCCGAUAUGAGGAUGGCAUUGAGGUCAACCAGGAGAUUGUGGUCAUUACCACCAAGGGGGAAGCUAUCUGCAUGGCUAUUGCAUUGAUGACUACAGCAGUGAUUUCUACCUGUGACCAUGGUAUAGUAGCCAAGAUAAAGAGGGUAAUUAUGGAGAGAGACACCUAUCCUCGCAAGUGGGGUUUAGGUCCAAAGGCAAGUCAAAAGAAGAUGAUGAUCAAGCAAGGCCUUUUGGACAAGCAUGGCAAACCUACAGACAACACCCCUGCCACCUGGAAACAGGACUACAUUGACUAUACUAAUUCUGGCAAGAAAGCACUGGUUGCUGAAGCAGUUCAAGCCCCUCAGUUAGCUGAUGAAGCAGUAAAAGUCAUAAAAAGGAAGCGGGAUAGUGAGAGUGAAAGUGAUGAGACCUCUCCAGUAGUUCCCCAGUUGAUGAAGAAGGAAAAGAAGAAGAAGAAGAAGGAUAAGAAGCCUAAAACUGUGCUAGAAAGUGGGGGAGAGGCUGGAGAUGGGGACAGUGACAUCAUGAAAAAGAAAAAGAAGAAGAAAGUAAAAGUGGUGGAAAAGAUGUCUGAAUAGUUAAAAGCCACUUGAAGCAUUAUGUCCAGCUAGGAGGAGAAAUGAAAGCCUUAUUGAAAAACAUUUUGUUGAGAGAGUAGAACAGAGGUCUUAAACAGAGCACAGAGUUCUGGUACACUUUAGCUUCCACUUGUGACUUCAGUGGUUAGGGUGUGGCCAUCUCAUCCUAUCCUGUCCUGUCCUGUUUUAAGGAUAUGAGAGAUGAAAAGCAGUUUUUGCCACUGACCCCUCUGCUUGCUUAAGUGGGGGAGCACACCUUCAGACAUGGCACUGCCUAGUAACUGUCUGCAGCUGUUUACUAAUGGCCAUUUUAAACAAUGCUAUGGAUAGUCCUCUCCUAGUUUGCUUUUUUUUAAUGUUUGUAAAAAUUAAAUCUGCUAAAUAAAAUGUUACAGAACCUCCUAUGAGUAGAAGAAUAUAAAUGAACCAUGUUCGCUUGGGAAAUCUCCAGUAUCUUAUGAGGGCUGUUCUGGUAUCAGAUAUGGGUCUUGCUGGCCUGGUAGUGUCCAUGGUGUUUGGGAUAGCACUCUGUUGUUGUGUACAACAGGAUUUAUCCAAUUCCAUUUGGCUGCUUGUGUUUGUGGGGGAAGCCAAAGCAUUCCUAUACCCUCCUGUUCUAAUGUUUAUUUUCUUUUGAAGAAUGGAUUUGUUCAUUGCCAGGAAAAGAAUGUGAUUUGUAGCUUUUUAAAAGUAUUCCUGUUGGGUUUACUAAUUAAUAAUCUUAAGCUGGCAGAACAAAAAUGAAAAUAUUUUUAUUAAAAAUCUGGGAAUCUUUUUGUCCUAUUUGAAA